GCAUGUGCAUUGCCUCUGCGAUCUCUGUGCUGAUGAUACUGAUAUGUGGGAUGGCAGCAUACGGUGCAUACAAGCUGCAUCCUGCCUGGAUCAUCCCCUUUUUCUGUUACCAAAUAUUCGACUUUGCUCUGAACACCCUGGUGGCGAUCAGCGUUGUGGUUUACCCCAACACGAUACAGGAUUACCUGCAGCAACUGCCUGAUAACUUCCCUUACAAAGAGGAGAUCGCUGCUCUCAGUAAUAUUUGCUUGGCCCUCAUCGUGCUGAUCUUCAUCGGCUCUAUUCUAUUCUUCAAG